AUGAGGCAAGCUGAGAAACUCACCUCAGGUGGCAGCACCCAGCAAGUUACAAGGAGCAGCAAAAACCUUCUCAUCGCUAAGUGCCACCAAUACCACAGCCUCAAGCACCACCACCCUACCCCCAAGGGGUCAAAGCUUCAGCACCACCACGCUAUCCCCAAGGGGCCAAAGCUUCAGCACCAACACCCUAUCCCCAAGGGGCCAAAGCUUCAGCACCAACACCCUAUCCCCAAGGGGUCAAAGCUUCAGCACCACCACCCUAACCCCAAGGGGCCAAAGCUUCAAGCACCAACACCCUAUCCCCAAGGGGCCAAAGCUUCAAGCACCAACACCCUAUCCCCAAGGGGCCAAAGCUUCAGCACCAACACCCUAUCCCCAAGGGGCCAAAGCUUCAAGCACCACCACCCUAUCCCCAAGGGGCCAAAUCUUCAAGCACCACCACCCUACCCCCAAGGGGCCAAAUCUUCAAGCACUACCACCCUACCCCCUAGGGGUCAAAGCUUCAGCACCACCACCCUACCCCCAAGGGGUCAAAGCUUCAGCACCACCACGCUAUUCCCAAGGGGUCAAAGCUUCAGCACCACCACCCUAACCCCAAGGGGCCAAAGCUUCAAGCACCACCACCCUAUCCCCAAGGGGCCAAAGCUUCAGCACCACCACCCUAAGGGGCCAAAUCUUCAAGCACCACCACCCUAUCCCCAAGGGGCCAAAUCUUCAAGCACCACCACCCUACCCCCAAGGGGCCAAAGCUUCAAGCACCACCACCCUAUCCCCAAGGGGCCAAAUCUUCAAGCACCACCACCCUACCCCCAAGGGGCCAAAGCUUCAGCAGCACCACGCUAUCCCCAAGGGGCCAAAGCUUCAGCACCACCAUGCUAUCCCCAAGGGGCCAAAUCUUCAAGCACCACCACGCUACCCCCAAGGGGCCAAAGCUUCAGCACCACCACGCUAUCCCCAAGGGGCCAAAUCUUCAAGCACCACCACGCUACCCCCAAGGGGCCAAAGCUUCAAGCACCAGCACCCUAUCCCCAAGGGGCCAAAGCUUCAAGCACCACCACCCUACCCCCAAGGGGCCAAAGCUUCAAGCACCACCACCCUAUCCCCAAGGGGCCAAAGCUUCAAGCACCACCACCCUACCCCCAAGGGGCCAAAGCUUCAAGCACCACCACCCUAUCCCCAAGGGGCCAAAGCUUCAAGCACCACCACCCUACCCCCAAGGGACUAAAGCUUCAAGCACCACCACCCUAUCCCCACUGGUCCAAAGCUUUAAGCACCACCACCCUAUCCCCAAGGGGCUAA